UUGGUGCCAGCGCUUAGCCUAAUCGUACCAGCGUCUAUCUUGCUGAACAGCCCUCGACAACAUGAUCCAAAUACACGCGCAGCAUCACAUGAACCCCAAACCUCUUCUCCUCCCCCUCUCAGCCAAAAUCCAUCCACGGUCUCCAUAUCCAUACCCCCAUCUUUUCCUACCACUCGUUCUACCCAGCACUAAGCCCAUCCUUGAUCCUCAUCGUUUUGUUUGAUCGCAACAUCAUGUCCGGUAGCGUAGAGGGCCAAUCUAUCAGGCUUGAAGUUAUCGGUGGACAUAAUCUCCAAGUCCCUUCUACGCGCAUGCCCGCAGGCAUUUACGUAUCCAUUAUUGUUGACUCGAGGAGACGCUGGAAAUCAGCCGUCAGAGUCUUAUCAUCUGACGAAUCUGUAGCGUGGGGAGGUACCGUUACUCUAUCAUCCUAUGAGUCAGCUGCAUUAUCAGUGGAGAUCAGAGCCUCCUACGAGGUCGGUCGAAUGCUAGGCAAUGGGGAACUCAUCGGACAAAUUGAAACAUCGUGGGAUGAGCUGCUCGAUCAUGGAAAUGAGCCAUUCGAAUUAUCCUUCCCACCUGUUCGUGGUGUCAAUCCUUCGCUCAAGCUAAAGAUUGUUGUCGUACACACUCGUGAUAAUCAGGACGGCGCACUGUUUGAUUCCCUCACAGACUGUGAGAUUGCUCGAGAUACAGAUGCAGGCCACGCACGAUAUGCCGAAUACAUGUCCAGCAGGACGGCCUCUCACCUGAAAGAUGCUGUCCAGAACUUUCAGUUGGUUCUGGAUCGCAGUCCUGUAGACCAUCCUGACCACGCAGCGGCUCUCACCAACCUCGCGUGGGCCCGUCUUGAAGGCUAUAUUCAAAAUGAUGUUCAAGACAUUGAUACAACAACUUCCUCCCUCCGCGAAGCCCUUGCAUUGCGUCCGCAGGGUCAUGCCGAUCACGCAUUAUCUCUCUAUAACCUCAUUUUGGCGUUGAUCUGGUGCUACCGCAAGGAGCCCACCCUCGUCUACAUUCACGAAUCUGUGGAACUGUGCUGCAAGCUACUGCCCUUCUGUCCAGAGGGCACCUACCUUCGUAGCAUGGGCGCAGACAGUGCAAUUGAUUAUGUGAUGAGUGAAUGCGACGAACUUCCAAUCGAUUCAUCUGACGAAGGCAUCCACAUUCGGCGAGUCAUGCUCAAACUCUAUCCUCUGGGCCAUCGACACCGUCCACAAGCACUCUACAAUCUUUCAUGGGUUCUCAGCAGACGCUUUGAACAACACGGCAGCAUUGAUGACAUAGACGAGAGCAUACAACUUGAUCGUGAAGCUGUUUCUCUAUCCCCCGAGGGACAUUCUGGCCGUGAUACCUACUUGACUAACUUGGCCGCCUCACUGGAGUCCCGCUUUUAUCACCAUGGCAAAUAUCAUGACCUUGAUGAGGCCAUCUCUUGGCGCGAGGCAGUGCUGUGCCUGCACCUUGUUGGGCACGAAGCUCGUGAUUCUUCAUUGGACAACCUAGGGAGCGCCCUCCGCGCCCGUUUCAACAUACGCAGAGACAUUGAUGACAUCAACCAAGCUGUCGGCCUCCAUCGCGAGGCACUGACGUUGCGCCCACCUGGGCAUCCACGUCGUGACACUACAUUUAACAACCUUGCCAUCGCACUCCAAGUCAGAUAUGGCAAAUUGUACGUCAUCGAAGAUCUUAACGAGGCCAUUGAUCUGCAUCGUGAACUACUUCGGAUAGGACUGCUUGACGAUCCAAAGCGCCCUAGAAAUCUUUGCAAUUUGAGCUCGGCUCUCUGCUCUCGUUUCAGGCUAACCGGGAAGAAUGAAAAUGUCGAGGUGGCCAUUUGGCUCUGCCAAGAGUCGUUGGAGGCCAUACCUUCACUGCACCCGGAACGGUAUUUCGGCUACAUGUGUGUGAGGGAUGCCUACAUGUCUCGUUAUGAGAUAGAGCACAACCCCGUCGAUUUGUCGAUCGCUGUAGAGAACUCCAGACUCGCAUCACGACACCCCACUUGUGGAUUUCCAAUCCGCAUCAUGGAAGCAUAUAAAUGGACUUUUGCAGCCGAGAAACAUGAUCAUGGAUCCGCGCUGGAGGCUUACUCGACCUUUUUCGAGCUUCUGGAAGCUCAUUUGGCAACACGGUCAUCAACCACUUCGCGGCGCGAAGCUUCCUCUGCCUUCGAUUAUGCCAGAUCAUUACCUGUAGAUGCAGCAUCGUGUGCUAUUCGCCAUGACAAUCUCCGACAUGCAGUCGAACUGGUGGAGCAGGGCCGUGGCCAACAGUGGUCGUUGGCCUCUCGACUCAAGACUCCAGUUGAAGACCUCGAAUCGGGACAUCCGCAUCUAGCCCACAGAUUUUCUGAACUGAGCAAGCGCGUUUCCAAUGCUGCUCAGGGUUCUGCAACCAUUGCCGACAGAGCUGCGGCUGAAGUAGCGGAAACAAAGUACAGGAAAAUCACGGCGGAAUGGGAAGCUGUGGUAGCUGAGAUACGCAAUCUUCAAGAUUUCUCGCGGUUCCUGCUCCCACCUUCGUAUGAAGACUUGCAAGCGGCAGCGCGCCAUGGCCCGAUCAUCAUUCUCAUUGCCAGCAAAUAUUCAUGCAACGCCAUCAUUGUCCCGACGUCAGGAGAGCCCCACCAUAUUCCCUUGUCUGUCACCCUCGCAGAUCUGGAGAAUCUCAAGGGUCGCUUCGCCAGGGCGAUACAGCAAGCAUCUAAGAUGGGCCUAACGGAGUCGAGGACGGACCUAAUUGUCCUCUCGCGGAUAGUAUGGGACGAGAUCAUUCUACCCAUUGUUAACGUACUCGAGCAUGUCCUCAGAUUACAGCACGGGUCUCGAAUCUGGCUGUGCCCGACUGCAGCUUUCACAUCUAUUCCUCUCCACGCAGCUCACCCCUUUCAAACGAAGGCAGAUCGCUCAAAAGCUUCUUUGUCACCUACCAAGUGGCACCCCGAAGUAGGACCCCGGAUCAAAAAACUCAACAACACGCCCGACGGCGUCAACGGCGUCAACGUCGAACAAACCAAACCCAUUAUCAACCCCGAAUAGAACGCAUAUAUACAUAUACUAGUCUAACCCAAGAAAACACCUAGAAAACAACACAAAAAACG